CUUGAUUCCAUGUAGAUGUAGAGACUAAAGAAAACCAAAAUAUGAGUCUAAGAUUCGAUCUCAACGAAGGUUUAGAGGGGAAGCUGCAGAGUUUGGAAGAUUUAGCGUGGAACGUGAAGCAAAUACAAGAUGAGAUGCUAGAAGAUAUACUUACAGUUAACGCAAACACUGAAUACCUCCACAGAUUUCUCCAUGGGAAGUUUGAUAAAGAGCAUUUCAAGAAAAACAUACCAAUUGUAACAUACAAAGAUGUUCAGCCUUAUAUCGAGGGCGUCGCAAAUGGAGAGCCUUCAGAUGUCAUAUCCGCUCAACCCAUUACUGGAUUCACCCGUAGUUCUGGAACUUCAGGAGGAAAACAAAAGUUAUUGCCUCUUAACAUGAAGUUCUUGGAGAACAUCAAAUUUCUCCGUAAUAUAUGCGCGUUAGUUAUAUGCAGGCAUGUAGAUGGUGCCGAGCAAGGAAAGGUGAUGAAGUUUGCUUUCAUUAAACUGGAAUCUACAACUCCCUCCGGUUUGUUAGUUGGUACGUACUUCUACAAGAGCGAUCACUUUAGGAACCAGACAUCAAACUUUGAUUUUUCAUGUACAAGUCCUACCGAAAUCGUUUUAUGCAGAGACAAUAAGCAUAGCAUGUAUUGUCAUCUCCUCUGUGGACUUGUCCAGAGAGAAGAGGUUGUGAGUGUGAGUGCUGCUUUUGCUUCUACUUUGGUUCGAGCAAUCAAUUUUCUUGAAGAGUAUUGGAAGGAGUUGUGCAGUAAUAUCCGAAUGGGUCACGUGAGCGAGUGGAUUGAAGACACAAGUUGCAGAAACUGCGUGUCUGAGAUCCUUGGAGGACCUAAUCCUGAGUUAGCAAACCUGAUUGAAAAAGAAUGCAACCAGAAUUUAUGGGAAGGUAUUAUUAGGAGACUUUGGCCGAACACCAAAUUUGUUGAAUGUAUUGUUACAGGUCAGAUGACUCAAUACAUUCCAACAUUGGAGUUCUAUUCCAACGAAUUGCCGAUUGUUUCCAUGAAUUAUCUUGCUUCUGAAGCCGUAUUUGGGAUGAAUAUGAAUCCGCUAUGCAAACCACAAGAUGUGUCUUACACAUUUAUGCCUAACAUGGCAUACUUCGAGUUCUUACUUGUUGAUCAAGUGAACGAGGUCAAAAUUGUUGAUCUUGUAGACGUGAAGUUAGGGUCCUAUUACGAGACCUUGGUCACAAGUUAUGCUGGUGAGUUACAUAUCCAUGACCAUGUGGUCUUAUGAAAAACUGGUGUAAUGUUUCCAACUAACACCCGUAUGCGUGAAAUCUAGCGAUGCCUUAGCCAUUCUUGAAAACAAGGUUCUCACACGUUAUUUCAGCGAUAAACCACCUCCACCUCUCUGACUUUUCCCCAUUUGAGGGCUGCUUUGAUUAACUUUAACAGGUUUAAUUAGGCAUAAUUAAUCCUUAUAUUAUAUAUGUAUGGUUUGGAAUAAAAGUUUGGGAAACAAGAACAUUACAGUUGUGUGUGUGAA